CUCCGGCAAGUGUACACGCGUCGACGUGCCGCGCGGUGUCGUUCGCAGUGAUCCUCAGUGCUCCUCAUCAGCUCGUGCCAGUGUCAGUGAUACAGUAAGCCAGUCGUAGCGGACACCAAGCAGCACACUACUACAGCUAUACGUUGCACACGCAGGAAUUACCCCAUUUUACGUGUUCGUGUGAUGCGCGCGCGCUGAGGCGCAGUUGCUCAGCAUGUUCGGAGGCAGCGGCGGCGUGGGCGGCGGCUACAACGGCGGCGGCGGCGACUGCGCGGACGGGUACGGGCUCGGCUACGUGGCGGGCGGCGGCCGCCUGCAGCAGUACGCCGCGCACUUCGCGCCGCACCAGAACGUCUGGCACCACCACCACCCCACGCACCACGACACCUACGCGGGCGGCGGCGCAGUGAGCGGCGUGGGCAGCGUGGCGGGCGGCCUGUACUCGCAGAACAUGGUGAUGGGCUCCUGGUGCGCGCCCUACGACGCGCUGCAGAGACCCACCGCAUACGAUGGAGUGCUGGAGAUGUACGAGGAGGGGCGCGAGUGCGUCAACUGCGGUGCCAACAACACCCCGCUGUGGAGACGCGACGCCACGGGCCACUACCUGUGCAACGCGUGCGGCCUCUACCACAAGAUCAACGGCGUCAACCGCCCGCUCGUGAAGCCGAGCAAGCGGCUGUCCGCAGCGCGGCGUCACGGCCAGUGUUGCACCAACUGUGGCUCGCGCAACACCACGCUGUGGCGACGCAACAAUGACGGGGAACCAGUCUGCAACGCGUGCGGACUUUACUACAAGCUGCACGGAAUCAACCGGCCCCUAGCUAUGCGGAAAGAUGGAAUUCAGACGCGGAAGCGUAAACCGAAGAAGUCUGGCAACGGAGGCAAGCCUCCGCAGGAUGCCAACAAGAAAGAUGACCACAACUCUCCGGGGAUGGACGACAGUAAACAAAGUCUCCCGGAGGUGCCGCUCCCGCUGACGCAGUCCAUGUCCAGUCACGGCGCGUCCAAGCCGCGUGAGCACGCCACGCCCGAGACCUCGCCCCACGCGCACGCCGCGCACGCGCACGCGCUCGGACACUCGCAGGCGCACGCGCACGCGCAGGCCCAGCCCGGGCACGCGCACGCUCAGUACCCGCUGGGGCUGCCGGCCGCGCCCUUCCUGUCCAACCCGUCGCUGUUCAACAUCAAGAGCGAGCCCAGCAAUGCCAACGGCUACGAGUCCUACCCCACGCACUCCGGCCCGCACUACCACUCGCAGCAACACUAUCUGCACGCGCUACAGUAUGGCCUCAGCAACAGCGAGGAGGAGGAAGGCAGUGGCUUCUUACACCAGCGCAAUGUGACGGCGCACGCCAAGCUGAUGGCGUCGACGUAGCAGCGCCGCGACGCGCGCUGAGUGCUCCCGCUGUCGCCACGACGGACUCGCGGAGGUCCGUCGGGGCUCACUGCUAACUAGCCGACACCUCGAAGUGGUUGUUCCCGCUGUGGACUAAAGCUGUGAUCGAAUUGUUCACUUGACGAUUGUGAUUACCGCGACCUUCGAGUGCCCGACAGAUACCACAACUCGCUAGGUGUGGCGUCUUUCUCCUACUUACUUAGGAGAUGGACUUACGGCAGUCUGGGUACAUAUGUUUACCCUGAGUCUAUUAGUACCUAUUUAUCGAAACUAGCAAUGUCAACUUCCAUUAGUUAAAAUAAUCGACAAAGUAAUGUAAUAAUUAGAAUAUUGUAUUUGAGUUCCGACCAAUCGAAUGUACAUACAUAGUUUAGUUGUAACAUUAAGUAGGUAAGCAGAGUAGUUUGUGUAACGUAAUGCCGGAGGCCGCAGGUAGCGAGGCGAGGGCGGCCUGUACCUAGUCGCUGCGAGGCACCUUGCCAUGCUGACUGACACGAUGGUAACGCAAGUAUUAACUAUUUAAAUAUCUACUUUAACGUUCCAUGACAAUCGUAAUCUCAAAAACUAGUCUAAUGAUUGUUUAUUAGAAAUGUUUCAGGAGUUGAUACAGAUACCGUUGAUAUUUUAGGGGAUUGCUUUCAGGCCGGUACUGAUCACUCCAUAGUGCGUGGUGUAACGUGCUCUGAGGGUAUCUCAGCUUGUAAAUAAGGCCAUUUAGAUGUAUAAUUAUGUUAUUAGUCAAUAAGUCAAACAGUAUUCACAUUAUUUCACGUAAACAUUGCUUCAACUUCGUAUAUUUCCCGCAGGCAUUAGGAACUACCUGCAAGAAUUUUUGUAUUGUACAUACAUGUAAGAAAUAUUUGUGCGACCAGUCGAUCGUAUUACUUACAAGUAGGUACUUUUAUCUUACACGUUUAUAUAAACUGAAAUAAUCAAGGGCAGGCGGUAUAAGAAAAAUAAUUGUGAACAGAAAAAUGGUUUCUCUCUUUCGCGACAUUACAUAUCGGUGAUACAUUCGUGAGACAUACUAAA